AUGUUUGACACUGUGGUAGAACUCUUCACCAAUACUAGCGGUCUAGUAUGGACACUUCUAGUUCUUAUUGUGGUAUAUUAUCUGUGGGACAGGCAUCAGAAACUAAAAUCGCUACCCCCGGGUCCGACACCACUCCCACUACUAGGAAACAUACUGGAUCUAGCAUCGGGUGAUCAGCUAGGAACGUUUCGUAAACUACGGGAAAAGUAUGGAGACUUGGUUUCUAUUCACGUGGGGUCAUUCACGAUUGUGGUGGUCAGUGGUUAUGACACACUCCGGGAAUUAUUCGUCAAACGCGGUGACGUCACAUCUGAUCGACCUGACCUAUUUGCAUUCAGGGAAAUAACACAAGGCAAAGGAAUUGUCAGCAGAUCGGGCCCAGAAUGGAAAACACACAGAACGUUCGCCAUGAGUGGACUAAGGGAUUUUGGUUUCGGCAAGAAAAGUUUAGAAGGAAAGAUAAUUGAAGAAGUAGAAGUAUUUCUCAAGCUUCUUGAAGAGAGGCAAGGACAAGCAAUAUUACCCGAGUCUUGUAUCCAGACCAGUGUUGCAAAUAUUAUAUGUGCCAUUGUAUUUGGUAAGAGAUUUGAACAUGGCGACCCUGUAUUUAUAGAACUAGUAGACUUAAUAAGCGAGAACGUGUCUCUUGUGGGACCCGCUGGCCUUCUCAACCUGCUGCCAAUUCUUCGAUUUGUGCCAGGGGACCCAGCUGGUUGUAGAAAGGUCCUUAACAAUGCAGAUAAGGUCGUGAAAUAUAUUUGCAAACUUAUUGACACUCAUCAAGAGGACUACGACGAGGAAAACAUUAAAGAUUUUAUCGACGUUUACUUAAAGGAAAUCAAGAAUAACAGAAAAGAAGACUCUUCAUUCACAGUCUCACAGCUAGUGUUUACGAUAGGCGACAUGUUCGUUGCUGGAAUGGAGACGACGACCACAACUCUUCUCUGGACUAUCUUGUUCUUCCUCCACCACCCGGAUGUACAGAAGCGAUGUCAUGAGGAGGUAACGAGGGUGGUAGGGGAGGGUCGAUUUCCCUCCCUGUCAGACCGCCCUGACAUGCCGUACAUUGAAGCCACCAUCACAGAGAUCCUCAGAUGUGGAGACCUUUCUCCACUUGGGGUAGCUCACGCUACCACCGUUGACUUAAACUUUAAUGGACAUACUAUUCCUAAAGGAGCAAUGUUGAUUACAAACAUUAACUCUGUGCACACUGAUCCUGUGCUGUUCCCCGAGCCGGGUAAAUUUAAUCCAUCAAGGUUCAUUAAUGAUGAGGGAAAAGUUCACGGCACUGAGCAUGUUAUACCUUUCUUUUUUGGUCGCCGUGUGUGUAUGGGAGAGGCCCUCGCGAGGUCAGAGCUCUUCCUUUUCAUCACCUCUAUGGUUCAACGAUUCCAGUUUAAACCUGUGGACCCAGAUAAUAUUCCACCAAUUAAAGGAGUUUUGGGGGCGGCACAUAAACCAUAUGCUUAUGAAUGCAUAGCGGAGAGGAGAGUGUAG